AUCAACUUCUCCAAAUGUUCACUAUGUUCUGUGUGUAUCCUCCAUCUUUUGUGUAAAUUGUGUUCGUUUAUCCCAUCAUUUGACAGAUAAGCGGGAAAGUGUGUUCUUCCACAUGAUAACCUUCUUGAAGAAGAAUCAACACAUCAUGUUAAACUUUGCAAUUGUGCGGGAAUUGCUUCCCAAUCUCCAGGGAAGCUGUAUAGGGAUGGUGGAAAACACAAGCAGCUCAAUCACUAAAUAGCGCUUGCAAAAUGGACAACUUCGAAUUUGGUGUAUUAGGAGGAAUAUUUUCAGGGAACACACGCCAGAAUGAUGACAUUGAACUGAGCCAAAAAUCAGAAUCAAAGUAUGAAGCCUCGGCGGAAUAUACCCUUCCUGAUAUUUCUGAUGUUCAACAGCCCAUAUUUCAGAAGCAACAAAAACAGGCAACUGUUGAUACGCUCAUGCCUGUAACAGUAAAUCAAAUUGUGGCCAAUAUCGUGGAUCCUAACCAAAAACUGAAGAUUUACAACACACCUGUAUUCGGAAUGUGUAUAGUAGGACAGGUGUCUAACGUAGAAAAACUCGCAUCUGUGAUGCACUUUGAUUUAAAUGACGCCACAAAUACGAUUAAAGUCCACUUUUCCGACGUAGAUAUGGAAAUAAACUCCGAUGAUUAUGUACAAGUCGUAGGUUCUCUGGUUUUGUUAGCUCUGGACAAUUUCUAUUUCGAUGCUCAACACGUAAUAAACUAUGGGAAACAUUCACAAGAAAUAGAAAAUGCUCUGAAAUAUCACAGAGUUUUAGUUGCAUAUGCAGCAUAUAAUUUGGAUGUCGGUAUCAAACUCAAAUUACAAAACAAACACGUUGGAAAACUUCAUGACCUUCCAGGACCAUCUCCCCUGGAAAAACUCGACGAAAUCGUUCUAGGUCCUGAAUACGAACACAUUGAGGACAACGUCCAGAUAAUGAUUAUCAAGUUCCUCAAAUCCGUCCAAGAUGGAAUUUCGAAGAGGUCGUCAAUAAUACAAUCACUAUCUCAAUUCUAUGAAGGUAAGAUUUUAAAUACAACGCUCAUAAUGCAUACAGAACCCUUGAUUGAAGAAGGAAUAAAACAACUCGAAACUCAAUCAGAGAUUGCUUGUACUAAGGACCAUGUCUGCUUAACAAUUUAA